AUGAUCUCCGCUCUCGUUUUCCUGCUAGUUAUCUUUCCAGCCUACUUCAUAUACAAGAAUAUCGUCGAUCUCCGUGCAAACAUCGCAGCUGCUAAACAAUCCGGUCUUCCGUAUAGCGUCGCUCCUUGGGCCCCUUACAAUCGAGCAUGGUUUGUAAGCUACCGAUUAUGGGUUCCCCUACUUCGAAGGCUGCCAAAAUCCUGGACAGAAGACUGGCUUAAUUACAUGCCUCCCGAUUGGGCUUGGGAACUUGGCUACGAUGGUAUGAAGCUCGGCGACAAUUUCUUGGUUGUAUCUCCCGGCAUGAUCAUCCUCCACACGUCCGACCCAAGCGUGAUCCACCAUAUAUGCAGCAGACGUGAGCAAUUUCCUAAACCGCUUGUCCAAUAUGCGAUCCUCAACAUCUUUGGCCGAAACUUGGUCACCACCGAGGGUCCAGAAUGGCGCAUUCAUCGCAAGGUCCUGUCCCCAAGUUUCAACGAGAAAAAUAAUGCAAUUGUAUUCAAGGAGGCGGUGUAUCAGGCGAAAAGCAUGCUGCGAAAAUGGAUGGGAAAAGCUGAUGGAGAGGGCGUUGUUGAACUCGGUGAUAUGCAGCUUGAUGCGAUGCGUCUUGCACUACAUGUCAUCAGUCGUGUCGGUUUGGGAUUACGAUUACUUUGGCCUGGAGAUGAGACUACUGAAAACAAUGACGUCAAACAGAGAGUGUACAAGAGCUUGGAGCCUUCCGAGGGGUAUAGCAUGUCUUUUGAGGGGGCUCUAAGCACUCUCUUAGAGAACGUUUCUUGGGUUCUCCUUAUUCCUGGAUGGAUAUUAAAGCGGUUGCCAUGGAAACCCGCCAAUCUAGCACAUGAAAGCUAUACUAACUGGAAAAAGUAUAUGUCAGAGCUCUUCGUUGAUAAGCUGGAAGAAAUACGGCGCGGGGAACAUGGCGACGGAAUGGAUAUCAUGAGGGCACUAGCCAUGGCCUCCGUCCAAGGCCAGGUCCUAGACCCCAGUCCAUCGUCUACCGAGAAAGCACAGCUCCCUCGAUCCCUCCUAAGCAACGCCGAAGUUAUGGGAAACACCUUUAUCUUCAUCCUCGCCGGCCACGAAACUACCGCUGACUCAAUCCACUUCUCCAUCCUCCACCUAGCCAUGAACCCCGGCUCCCAAGUCAGCCUACACAAAGACGUCAAUGAGAAAUUCGGCACCCGAGAUCCCGACGAAUGGAACUACAAAGAAGCCAUCAACAAGCUCUUCGGCGGCAUGGUCGGCGCGAUAUUUUACGAGCUCCUCCGCGUCAUGCCGCCAGUAAUCCGGAUUCCGAAGUGUGUGACCAUGACCCAAGACCAAGUGAUCACCUCAGGCAGUCAGAAAUACAUCCUCCCCAAAGGCACCUACAUCAGCCUGAACGUUGUCGGCGUCCAACACAACCCCAAACACUGGCCGACGAAGCCCAGUGAGCGCACGAACAAGGGCCAUGACCUCGACGACUUCAUACCCGAGCGGUGGUUCAGAUGCGACGCGAAAGCAGACACGAGAAAUCCCGAUGACUCGGGAGACGAGGACGACAAUGAUUUUGGCGCCUAUGCGGGUACGUCUAACGCUACGAUUCCUACGAAUCUCUUUCGUCCCGUUCGCGGGUCUUUCAUUCCAUUCUCAGAAGGUGCGCGCUCGUGUCUCGGUCGCCGUAUCGCUCAGACUGAGGUGACGGUUGUCCUCGCGACGAUCUUUCAGCGAUACUCAGUUGAGCUGGAUGUCAGUUCUUGGGCGAGCGAUGACGAGGUCAGGAGGAUGGGAUCCAAGGAGAAGAAGGUGCUGUAUGCGAAGGCGGCGAGAAGGGCGGAGAAGACGUUGAAGACGGCCAGCAUGAGGCUUACGUUUAAGUUGCAUGAUGAGCCGAGGUUUGUGCCCAUGAAGCUUGUGCCCAGGGGCAGGGAGCGGUUUGUAGGGUUUGUGUAG